AUGAUUUUGGGCUUCUUAAUCGCGGGCCUAGGCCAGGCAGCUGUGGCUGCAGCAUCCUUACAAAUCGUCCCUGGUGCUACGUGGACGGCGGCCAGCACCAACCAACAUGUCCAGGCCCAUGGUGGAGGGAUUAUCGAAGUCGAUUCGACGUACUACUGGAUUGGCGAGAACAAGCUGGACGGAAGCGCCUUUCAGUCCGUCAAUUGCUACUCGAGCAAAAACCUGGUAGAGUGGACAUUUGUUGGGGAGCUCCUUUCCCGGCAGAGCAGUGGAGACCUCGGCCCCGAUCGCAUCGUCGAGCGACCGAAGGUGAUCUACAAUGACGCCACAUCGAAGUAUGUAUUGUGGAUGCACAUCGAUAGCAGUGACUACGGCGAGGCAAAGACCGGUGUUGCGACAUCUUCGAGCGUCUGUGGCACAUAUGAAUAUUUGGGUUCGUUCCAGCCUCUCGGAUAUCAAUCGCGAGAUAUGGGUCUUUAUAAGGAUGAUGACGGUACGGGAUAUCUUUUAACGGAGGAUCGUCCGAAUGGUCUGAGGAUCAACAAACUGACAGACGAUUUCACCAACGUGACCGAAACGAUUCAUCUCUUCGCAGAACAUGUGGAGGCCCCAGCUUUAUACAAACAGGACGGAGUAUACUUUUUCUUUGGAUCUCAGUUAACAGGAUGGUCCAACAACGACAAUAAAUAUGUUACUGCAACAAAUCUCAGUGGGCCCUGGACAGACUGGGAGGACUUCGCGCCAAGUGGAGCCAACACGUUCGAGUCUCAAACGACGUUCAUCCUGGGAGUCGGCGACUCUGUCAUGUACAUGGGUGAUCGAUGGGAUUCUUCGAAUCUCAUGAGAUCGACUUACAUUUGGCUCCCCUUGACAAUUGAAGGCACCACUGCUACACUGAACAACGAGACAGCCUGGGUACUACCACUUGACGGAACAUGGUCCUCCGCCGGGGAUGGAUCCUCCUACGAAGCAGAGUCGUCCGACAAUGCCCUUACAAAUGGUGCCAAGAUUAUUUCCUGCAGCGGCUGUUCUGGCGGAAAAGACCACCAUCGUGUCCGGUAUGCGAAUGGAAACAACUCCCAGCGCUUCGCCAAUGUCACGGUCAACGGCCAAUCUCAUGUGCUCGCGUUUCUGCCUUCUGGAAGUGGGAAUACGCCUUUCACCUCGACCCUUCAUACUACACUCGACCAGGGCGACACAAACACCAUCACGUUCAGUGUGUAUGAGGAAGGAUGGGGUCCCGAUCUUGAUGAAUUAGUUAUCUCGGAGUAG